UGUCUUGAUAUUUCAAUCACAUCUCAGCUGGGUGCAGAACUCAUACAGCUGAUACGUGUUUAUGAUUUCCUUCUUUUUGAGUGCUUCCAUUACAGUCUUAAGGUCUGAGAAGCUAAGCUUCUCAUAUUGCUCAAUGGGCUUUAGGUUCAUCAUUACACUGUCUGAAGAGAAAUCAAACUAGUUAUCAAUAUACAAAAACAGAGGGUCAUAAAACUUAAUGAAGUAUUGCUUUAUGUUCACUUUUUGUUCUGGUUGUGUUUUUCCAUCAGUUUGGUGUGGAAUCUUAAAAAAAUCUUAAAAUGGUACGUCUCUGUGUACACAUCAGUAAUGCAGAGCUUUGAUUCUUCUAACUUCCUCACAAGAUUGUCGAUACAAGCCACACUCGGGGGUAGGGGGAGAACACCUGUAAAUUUCCACAAUGCAGGUAUACACGCCAUCUUCAGUGAAAACUUUAUUUAAAGUUACUGGGCAAGCGUCAGCUAGUGACUUGAAGCAGGCUUUAAUUGCAGGCCAGUUUCUCAAAAGGUGGUCAGCUGCUGGGUUAAGGGAUAGCCAUCUUCUACUCACAUGUCUCAAGUACUUCUUUCCAUUCAAUUUCAGUAAACUCAGAAAAAACCUUCUCUGCACGGUGCAGGCACAAAAAAGUGGUUGUAAAUCUUCUAACACAAUCCUUUCUACAAUAACUGACAGUGGACCACUAGCAUGUUUGCAGGUAUCAUGGGUUGUGUAUGCAAGGCAGUUUGCCUUCAGAGUGCAGUCAUUUUCAGCACAUAACUGAUGCACCUAUGAACUAUGGCAAACACAACUUGGUGUAUUAUCAGCAAAGUAUGCAGUAAUACAAUUAACGUUAAGCUGGUGUUUCUCCAGGCAGUUCUUUAUAGCAUGAUGAAUGCCACUUGCAGAUUCAUCAUUAUCUUCAUAAAAAUCAAGCAAGUUGCAUUGAACACCAUUUGAUGUGAUAAAGUAUCCCAAGCACAUUAGAAACAUCUUUCUUUUCCUUUUAUUUGAGGCAUCAGUUGCUACAGAAAAAUACAGGGGGUGUUGUGUUGGCACUGGUAAUAAAUCCAGUAAACAAUUCCUCACUGACUUUGGGGCCAAAACAUUGGUCACCAAUAGCUCUGCCUUGAUUCUUUCACAAGACUUUUAACAAUAUUUCAAUCGUGAAACAUUUCACUAGCAAGCUUAUUGCCACCGUGCAUGCUGUUGUAACUAAGGCUGUGUUUAACUAUAUGGUAGAUGGUUGUAAAAGUUAUUAACAGUACAAUUUAGAAUUUAUAUAGUAUAGUCUGUUCCCUUAAUAGCCAAUAGUGUAAAUAGACAUAGAAUGCACACUUGAGGCCAAAUACAGCAAUCAUUAUUGGGUUAAAUUCCCUGUGACUUCAGUGGAAACUUAGCCUGAGAAGAAAAAGUGAGUAAGAACACAGGGCUUAUCUUACUGUACAGUGUGGCUUUGGUCUGUAUCACAAUUGUUAAAGAUCAGGCAAACCUAAGAACAUGCAGAGAAAUGCAAACAGAGGAAGGUACCAACAUCCUACAUGUCGCAUAUAAAAAAGGUGUUGAAAAUUCAUGGAGAUCUAUUGCAAAAAUGCAAUCAUAAAGUAUGUUUAACUCACAUCCAACGCUUUUGAGUGCAAUUGCCCUUUGGCCUGCCUACACUAGGUGGGAGAUCAGAGACAAGGAGCAUGAAGAGAUUUACAAGGGCUUGUGAAUAAUAACCUCCAAGAUCAUACAAUCAAAAGCCAUGCCAUUUUGGAAUCUGCAAGAUCAGCUGGGAAUCAAUGCGGACAAAUGGAUGCUGCAUCAAAGCUCAGAGCAGCCCUACAAACGGGCAGCUCUGUGCCAUGCCUUUGAGAAGGAGUGGAUUGAGUGUGCCAGUGGCAUUGGGCAGAUUCGUGCACGCAAGGAAUGCGGACCAGAAUAUGAAGACUUCCAAGAAUGUAUUAAUAGGCACAAAACGAUAAUGCGUCUGAAGACAAUUGUGGCGCAGAAGAAGAAGCUGAUAAAGGAAGGGAAAUACACACCACCUGAGCACCACAGUGGCAAACCGGAGGCCAGGCCUUGAUCUGCUGCUGGUAACACUGAGUCCCUCUGACAGCAGAACUAACCAUGCAUCACCCUCUGUGCACAUGUUGUGGGAAUGAAACUCUUCUGUUAAAGUUAGCCCAGUUAUGCUCUGUGUGCAGCUGUUCUGCUGGCUGUCUCUCUCCUGCAGGCCAGCCAUACAGAGUAUAUAUGUUCUGAAUAAAGGACCUGUCACCUUUUAGAUUAAGUGAUGCCAGUGUCUGUAACUGAUCAGUUCAGAAAUUAAAUAUCUCCUUUGGAAGCCUC